AUGGCUUCUAAUUCUAAAAAAAAAUCCGGUAAUGAUCGAAACGAAUUUACAAUUGAAGUGGUUUCAGAUGAUACCAUUCAACCAGCUGUAGUUGAGAAAACGUCCAUUCACCCAGUUGAUCACAGAAGACCUUAUUAUGGACCCCGAAAAGGAUACGUUAAUGAUCAAAAACGCAAUUUUGACUCUGUAGAAGGCGAGGUUAUCAAAAUAGAAACAAGUCAAAAUGGAAAAUGUGCUAUUACUCUGAAAAAAGAAACAGAUUCAAAAAUAUACAUCGGACAUCAUUGCAUUGAAACAAGCAUGGGGACGGAUUUAUCGGAAACGGAUUCAUUAAAAGAUGCAGUACAUGAUGACCUUGGCCAUUUUGAACUAGACGUUAAGAGUACAUGUAAUUGGUCGGUUGCGGUCUUUGACGCUAAAGAUAAUGAUAAAGAUAUUUGUUGGAUCGCAUUUUCCUUUUAUGAUUUUUCAAGUAACGGUAACGAAUCUAAACAGGACAACAAAUUAGGAAAUUACCGAUUCGAUUCUAUCGAUUAUCCGCUGUUUAUCAAAAUUGUAUUUUUCCUUACAUAUAACCGCAAGACAAAGUCUGUUCGAGCAAAAAAAAUUGUGAAACAUCAUAAAAUGAAAUUAACACCUUUAUUGGACGAUAAACAUCCAGAAAAAAACUAUUUAAAAACGUAUUUCAAGUUGGAGUAUGAAAACGACAAAGAGAAAAUCGAUGACAUUGAAUUUUCAGUGAAGGAGAAUCGCGUCUUCUACACAAACAAGAAAAAGUGCUUGAUCAGGCUUUUUUAUCAAAGUCCUGAUCAACAAGAUAACGAGCACGCAAAAAAUGAUGAGAAUAAUCCUAAACAAUCAAAAAAUGAUGAAAAUAAUAAAGGUUGGAGACUUGAAGACGGCAAUGAAAAAGCAAUUCUAAUCUACGGCAAUGAAGAGGAAAGAGAAAUCAAAGGAAAGGCAGUUAAAAUCAGCAUCAUUAAAGAGAAAAUUAUAAUCGAAGGAGAAGAAAUCAAUAUUGGCGAGAAGAAAAUUAAAGAGAACGAAUAUACACUCUACGGCGAAAAAGAGAAUAUAAAUACAAUAAUUAUAACAGGAGAUAAGAUCGUGAGGAUAUAUAAAAGUGAUGAAAAAGGAAAUUACUCUCUUGUUAACAUUUGGUCAAUUCCAAUAGCUUUUUCCAAAUAUUUCGAAGAUCCAAUUAUAGCCGACCGUGAAUUUGACGAAAAAAAUCAAUCAGUAAAAAUAAAAUUAAAAUCGCGUAAUGGCAAAGAUAAAGAAAAGAUUCUUGAAUUUGAGCAUGAUAUUAAAUUUAAGCCACAUGAUACAUCUAUAGUGGGAAUGUGCACUAUAUUAAAAUCAAUGAUGCACCAACAAGAAUCGUAUCGGAAGAACCAGGAUUCUCAAAGAAAAUUCAUAGAUUUAACGAACUUCUCUCAUGGCCAAAAAAAAGAUAAUGAUGCAACAAAUGAAUGGGAAGUGUAUGACGCGUUAUUCCAAACAACCGAAAGCAAGCUUAAAGAAAUUGAAAAUAAACUGGACAAAAUGGCGAAACAAGAUCAAGCAGCCACGCCUGCUGAAUUGAGUGCUCGACUUACUAGUUUGGAAGAGAAGCUUGAUGCUAUUUUAGAAAAAAUUAAAUAG